AUGAGGGAGAUUGACGCUCACUUCGACGCGUACGAGCAUUUGAAGCAUCUCCCCAGAGAUGGCGAAGCAUUGCACAUGCUCCGCAAAGCCGCAUCCAUGGUAAAACCGAUGAUGCGAAAGCGCGGCUGGAAAGUAAAAACAUUGGCUGAAUUUCUCCCCGACGAGCCUCAACUCCUAGGCCUCAACAUCAACCGCACAGAGCGCAUUUUGAUUCGCCUGAGAUACCACCACGACUCGCGGCAGUUCUUAUCCAUGGAGCAAAUAACAGAUACACUGCUCCAUGAACUCUCGCACAUUGUCUUUGGACCCCACGACGCUGCCUUUAACAAUCUCUGGAACGAACUCCGCGAUGAACACCAGUCACUGCUCUUCAAAGGCUAUACAGGCGAGGGUUUCCUGUCCCAAGGCCAGAAGCUAGGUGGUCGCCGCGUUCCUCUGGAUGAAAUGCGGCGUCAGGCUAGGAUCGCCGCUGAGAAGCGCAACCGCACGACUAGUUCCAAUGUCAAUGCCAAAGAUGGAGGACAUCGUCUGGGCGGCGCACGACCUGUGCAGCGCGGUAUCGAUAUGCGCAAGGUCAUUGCCGAUGCGGCGUCGCGUCGGAACAGCAUCACGGAUGGAUGUGCAAGUGGGAGUGCAAAUGCAGGAAGAUUGGUCAACCAGCAAGAGCAAGACGGCUUCCGCACCACAGCAGAACAAGACGAUGCUAAUGAUUGGGCCAUUGCUCAAGCGCUGCAGGAUCUCAUGUACGAUGAGGAGAUGCAGAGGCUGGGUGCACCAACGGGCAAUGGCGGAUUGACCUGGGAUCCCGAGAAUGGGUUGGGUUUCGAUCGGGAUACGCCACCUCGCUCGCAGAGUUCAAGUUUAUCGAGAGGGGGUUUGGCGUGGUCGAGCGAGAAUGGACUAACAUAUGACGACCCUUCUUCAACGUCCAUUCUCGCGAAUCAGAAUCAUUCCACCCAAAGUACGUCGCAUCCUUCGCCGGGCCGACCCUUGUCGAGACCUGUUACACAACCACCACCAGUAUCACGAACAUCUCUUUCCUCCUCCUCCCGCCUCAUCUCUCAACACGAACAACAACAGACACGCAAUAAAAGCCUGCCUCCAACUCCACCUCCCUCCCAGCCCACGAGUAUAAGCUUGCCGCCAGAUACAUGGGCCUGUCCGCAAUGCACACUGCACAACCCGCUCGACUACCUCGCCUGCGAAGCCUGUGGCCUGGAACAACCGCCACAGCCCAUACCUGAGAACCGGCGUUUCGCUUCCUCGCACAUGGGCGGAUCGGUGCCUAGUUUGCCCAAGCCGCCACCACAGUUUGGUCUGAGGGGUCAGACGGCUACCCCGUUUGAACCUGCGAGGGGGAGGCUGGGUUGGAAUUGCUUGGAGUGUGGGACGUUUAUGGAGAAGCAGUGGUGGAUUUGUAGUUUGUGUGGGACUAUGAAGGCUGAAAGUUAG